CAUUGGAAAAUUAUUUUGUCGGAGUAAUCGUCGCGCUUAUUUGUUAUUGUUUUUGAAUAGUUCAAGUUUUCAGUAUUGCAUUUGUCAGAAGUGAUUAUUAAAGUUUGCUUCUUAACAAAAUUCUUGACCCUGAGGUGCUAUUGGACUUAGUCUUUGUAUUAGUUUUUUAUUGAGAAUGUCCCCGAGACAACAAGAUAUUGUGGGGCAGGUCAACGGCGACUUCGGUCGCUGGCAGCUGAGAACUAUUCUCUUGAUUUUCUUCUUGAAAAUACCAUCAGCUUGGUUAAUGGCUGUCAUUAUUUAUACAGCUCCAUCUCCCCGAAAGGGUGAGUACUACUGUAAGCCACCGCCGAGUGUAUUAGAAGCUAAUUCAACUUUCGAUAAGUGGAUUAUGAUUUCACAUCCGAUCAGUGAAGAAACAAAUACGGAUCGCCAGUUCGAUAUUGACGUUUGUCAUGUCUAUGAACAUUCGCUUCAAAAUAAUUUCACAGCAAUGCAUCCAAAUUAUUCAAAUCCGUUUACGAAACCCAAAGCUCAACAGAAGAUAAUACCAUGCGCUCAUUUCCAGCAUAACUCAACAUUCAGGAGCUUAGUGACACAAUUUGAUUUAGUGUGUUCCCGACAAGUGCUAGUGGGCGUGUCACAGACAUUUCAUUCAAUUGGAACUCUAGUAGGAGGAUUGUUAACUAGAAGUAUUUUAGAUCAUUUGAGUCCUCGAAAGCUAAUGCUUGUUGGAAUGAUCGGUCAAAUUAUUUGUGGAAAUCUAACGGGAAUGAUGUCAACAUUUAGUUUGCACGUAGUUUUUAGACUCUUAACAUCAGCGUUUUGCUGUUUUAUGUACACUACUGGACAAAUAAUACUUACAGAUAUCACAGGUGGACAAGCCAAAGUUAUUGUUAGAUGCCUUUUCGAGCUUUUCUGGUCCAUCGGUUUGAUAUUGUUGCCAGGAAUAUCACUUUUUGUAGAUGGUUGGAGUCAAAUAUAUUAUGUGAUAUCAUCAUUCACUUUAAUCUUAAUUCUUUUUAAUAGAUGGAUAGCUGAUUCACCUCGUUGGUUGGCAAAACAUGGAAAAUACGACGAAGCACUACAAGAGCUUCUUGAAUCAGCCACAGUAAACAAUAAAAACAUUCCAGUUGAUCUUGAAGAGCAGCUCAGAGAAUUUGGGUCACACGUUAAACAUGAUAAAUCUCUUUCUUAUUUGUGCAUUUGGGACGAAACAACUAACUGGAAGUAUGUCUUGGCCUUACAUUGGGCUUGGGUUUGGGCUAGUUUCUUGUACAACGCAAUGAUUUUGGCCAUUCGGCAAUUUGGAGUCGAUCAUAUUCAUGUCAAUACUAUGUCUAUGGGUUUUGCGGAAAUGAUAGGUGUUUUAAUUGGACUUUAUUUGAUUUUAUACACAAAAAGACAUUGGCUUUGGGCUGGAUUGUCAAUGAUAAUCACUGGAUUGUUCGCGUAUUUUAUUUGGCUAAUUCCCGAACAUCUCAAAGAAACACAAAAAAUUGGUAUCAGUAUGAUACUCUGUCUCGGUAUUAAAGCAGCUAGUUCAGUUUCGAUGUCAGUACUUACAACGUGCUCAGGAGAACUUGUUAAGCGGGAAUGUAGACGUACCUUAAUGACUUCAGUUGUUACACAUAGCAGAUUUUGGCUUUUAUUUUCAUCGUUAUCUUCGACAUUAAGUCUAAUUCAUACUUUGGCACCACUGACAAUGUUUGCUUCGUUGGCCAUACUUAAUGGAAGCCUAAUGUGUUAUUUAAAUAUGGAGUUCUGGAACAAAGAAGUGCAGGGUGCAGCUCAGGUUCCUUCAGUGACAGAUUACAGAAAUAUGAUUCGAACGAGACGAAUUUCAGUUGCUCGAAAUAAUGUUAAUUUCUCAAGGAGCAUAAGCAUAAGGGACAUUUGCGUGGAAUCAAGUAAUGCAAGGAGUAAGGAUUCCAGAAACUCAGUUUGACACAGAAGAAUUAUGAUACGUAGAAGCAUGUUUUUUUUUAUCAUAAUUUUACAGAGCUGUAUUCAAAGUAACUACACUGCAGUAGAACUUUGUAACCCCCCAAAAACUGAAAUAUAAGUGGCUGAACAUAAUAG